AUGUUGACCGUCCGAUCCCCCGUCGCCGCACUCGCGGUAGUCCUUGGCUUGCUGAGCGUCGUCCAGGGCGCACCUCAGCCCCAGAAUAGGAAGGGAAAUGGAAACCGGGGUGGGAACGGAAACGGUCGCGCCAACAGGCAGACAGCGCAGCAGCAGCUCGCGGCGGUUCCCCAGGGAAUUUCGCAAGCGACUGACGGAUCGAUGAUUCUGGACAUGACCGCAAACGUCAACGGCCUUGACCUCCGCUUCAAGAUCAGCGGCCCGGCCGACCAAUUCACCGCCGCGUCCGGCGUCCCUGGCGCCGCCGCCCAACCAGGCGCCCAGGGCACCCUCGGCAUCAACGUCCUCCUUCAUGGCGAUGGCGGCCAGUCCUUCAAGGAUAUGCCCAACCAAGGCGUCCAGAAGAACCUCGCCGGCGUUGUCGUCCUCGCCCCGGACCCGAACCUUUUCUGGGGCGGCGGCCAAGGGCUCCAGCGCACCGACGGCGUAGCCCACUCCCAGGCCGUCAACGACCUUAUUCAAAAGACGCUCCCGCAAAUGAUGGCCUUUAACCAGUCCAACGUCUUCUUCACGGGAGUCUCGGGUGGCUCCCUCAUGUUGUCCGGGUUCUUCAUACCCGCCCACAUACAGAAUUACGCCGGCAACGGUGUCCUCCUCAACUGCGGCGCCUUGCCCCCACAAGUGGACGUCGUCGACGCCAAAGCCGUCGUGGGCACGAGGAUCCACUUCCAGAGCACUCUCCAAGAGCUCUCCAACCUGCAGGAGGCGAUCCCGGCGUCCGUAAAGGCCUACGAAAAGAUCGCGACGGACGCCGGGCUCAGCACCGACCAGGUCAACGCCAGGCAGACGGUCAACAACUCGCCCAAUGGCGGGCACUGCGCCUUUGACGAGCAGGGCUUUGUGUCCGGCAUCCAACUGGUCGCGAACAACUACGCCACCAUCAUGCAGGGCGGCAACGGCGAGGUUCAGGGUAUUGGAAACGUCUUGACUGGUGUCACGGGCAACGAGAAUCUGCAGUUCACUGGGUCGAGCCGGGCAAGGCGAGGUGUGAUCGGUUGA